AUGCUUAUAUGUUCACAUGAAGUUAAAGAAAAUGGUUAUGAAUCUGAACAUCACAAUAAAGUUUUAACUGUGUUCAGUGCACCAAAUUAUAAUGUUGGUCACUGUGUUGACACUGAAUCAACAACAGCUAACAAACUUCAUGAACAAGAUCUUGAACAAAAACAAGAUAAUAUUGAUAGUGCCUUUAGUGGAAGUAGUCAACAACAGUAUAAUGAUGAAUGUGAUAAUUGUAGUAGUGAAAUGGAACAAAAACCAAAUAGGAAUGAAAAUGAAGUCGAUAAUUCUUUUAAUGUUGAUAUUUUAACACAAUUACAUUCGAAUGACAAAGAAUAUCAAGAACUACUGGUAAAAAAUCUUUCAUCAGAAUUAAUAGAUGAUUAA